CACUGCAUUCUGCGAUAUCCUACUUUUUCUCUCAGACGAUAUAUCGAUGGACGCAAAAGCCAGCGAUCUAUCGCGCAGUUUCCAAAACCAUUGGUGUUAUCGAUAGUGCCAUCGUUCGUCCGUUCCUACUUCCGCCAAUUUUUGCAGAGUGUAAAGUGUAAUUAAGAAGAAGAAAACUCGGUGAAUUUCAGCGGCAACCCGAAAGCGAUCAGCCCCAACAAAAUGUCAGACAGCGAGAAAAAUAAAUGGCCCAACCUUGAGGAUAUUCUGCAGCCGCUUGAAGGGUCGAACUGCUCUGAUUAUGCCGUGGCCCAUGCAACUGUAAAUGUGACACCGUUUCGCACGUUCGCGGAGGUUUCCCUUUUGCCGGAUAUUUUGCAGAGGAUGAGAGAACUGGGCCUGAACCGUCUGCAGCGGCUGCAGAGCUAUGCCUGGCCGCAUCUGCUCAAUGGGCCGGGUCACGGUGCCCUCAUUGUGAGUGCCCCACGCAGCGGCCGCACGAUGGGAUAUGUGCCGCCCAUUUGUCACGUUGCCAGCACGAUCCUGGCCGCGAAUCGACACAGGCGAGAAAUGGCGGUCGACUUAUUCGAUAUCUCGCAUGGAAUGGGACCCAUUGCCCUGAUUCUAGUGCCAGAUUUGCCGCGAAUGGAGCAGGUUGCCGCGCUAUGCAGUGCGCUCAUGCCCAGGGAAGAGACCGUCGAGGACAUGUGGACCGUUCAGGUGACGAAGGUGUUGACCGUUCCCUCGGAGUGCACGCCCUCUUUCAUGGGUGCGUGGAUCAGCGAAAUCGGCGUCUUGGUGGCCACCCCCGCCCGAUUUGUCAACGCGUGCAAGCAAGGAGAAGGCCUGCUAAAGCUGAAUCAGCUGCAGGCAGUGGUGUUCGAUGACGCGGACCUAAUGCAGCAGGAGGAACUGGAGUUGGCCGAGCAGUACAUUCCAAGCAUGGCGGCCAAACACGGCAGGCCAACACGCAAGGGCACCCAUCACUAUCCCCGUCCGCAGGUGGUGACGGUUUGCCAGCACUUCACUCCGUCCCUGAUUUCCCAGCUGCGCCGUUUCAAUCAGCAUCCCUGCCUGAUCUUUGGCGAUCUCCUGGAAGCUGCUCUCUAUGGCGGGAUGCGAUUGUUAGUCAACAUGGUCGGGGCGAAGGACAGGGUAGCUGCGAUCGUGCAGCUGCUUCGUCAGCGCCCGCCGGCGGAGUAUCGCACCAUAAUCUUCUGCGAUGCGGAUAUGCAAAUGGCCCUGCUAUUGGCAGACCUGGCGGACUUCGAGUACCAAUGCCUGGCCUACUACCAGACCAUGGAUCUGGAGCAACUCGAUAAGGUCAGCAGCUGGACGUGUGACAGCCGAGGCGUGAUCCUUGUCUGCACCGACGACUGUCCCGAGCUGAGAGUACGCAACGCCCACACCAUUAUCCACUACAGCAUGAGCAGCUCAUGGGGCAAGUUCAAGCGUCGCUUUCUGUUCCUAUCCGACAAUGUGCCCAAUGCCCUGAUAUCCAAGGCAGCCGCCCGGCAGCCAACAGCAACCAACAGCGAUCAAAGGAUCCUGGAUUCGCUUGUCCUCUUGGAUGAGGCGAACGCCAGGCAGCUGCCCCGCUUGGUCGACCUGAUGCUGCUCCGCCAGAAAUUGGAUCCCAAUAUUGUGGCAAUGGCUGCACGCAUCCGCAAGGAGAUGAACACAAGGAAAAGCAUUGUAAAGCCGCUAUGCAGGGAGAUUUUGGGUCACGGCGACUGCCGGAAUACCAGGUGCGUGGAUCGUCACUAUCUGCACGAAGCAGAUCGCCAUUCAUCGGCCAUGCCCUGCUCGGGGGACAUCAAGGUGAAUGUGCUGCACGUGUACUCCCCCGGACACUACUGUGUGAUCGUUUACGAGCAUAUGCCCCCGGAGGGCAAAUGGCGCGAUCUAGAUCCCGACCGUAACUUGCCUGCCCUGCUGAACUUGCACCUCACCGGGGAGAAUGUGGAGCCGCCGCCUCGCUACUGGCCACCGCAACACCAAGCCGUGUGCCUGUGGAAGGCUGAGCCGGCGACAGUGGCUGGCUACUCCUACGAGCGUGUCCGAGUGCUCAGUGUGCCGCCCAUUGAGAACGUGAAUGUGGUCCAGUCGCACCUCAUGGUGGUCGUCCAGGCAAUGGACUGUAGCACACGUCGUUUCGCGACCGAGUGCAUGUCGCUCCAUGUCUGCCCCGAUGAGUACGUCGCUGAGCCGCCACUGUGCAUGGAUCUGCGUCUCCUGGGCUUGGUUAAUCACAUGGGUGAGCGCAUUUGGGCUGCCAAAGAUGCGGAGACGGUUCAAGACUGGCUGGACACGGCGCCCAAGGAGCACUUCGUGCAGGCCAAAGUCGCGUUCUCCACUUCGCACACGAUCUUCGCCACAUGUAUGGUGUCCAUGCUAUACCUGAAGACAGUGAAGACUUUUAAUAUGCACUUGAACCUCCUCAGAGCCCAGAUCGAGGCCAAGAUGAGCAAGCGAUGUGCCCGCACCAAAGAGAACAUUCUGAAAUUCUUCGAAGAGCACAUCAAGUUGGAUGCACCCCUGCCGAAGCACCCCAAAGAUCCACCAGAACUGGAAUACGAGAAGGACCCAUGUGAGCCUGUACGUGUGGCCAAAAAUGAGCACAAAGAGCAGAUCGCCGAGAGCGAGGACAGAGACCAGAGCCCACAGUCAAAGCAGGACACCCAUAAGCUGCCGGCCAGAGUCCAGCGUGUAUUGGACCAGAGGCUUAAGAUGCUCUUGGAGCGCGAAAACGAGACUAAGACCACCAACGCCCAGCUGGAAGCCGAGCAGAGCCAGAGCAGUGUCAUGCCUGGAGAAUCAGAAUCAGAAUCGGAAUCGGACAGUGCGGUAUCAAAGGUGAUCCCAAUGGCCGAUUUCAUUGCCUGCUUUAUGAGAUGCGCUGCGCUGGAUCGCAGCGAGGAAAUGGAAACAGACACGGCUGUCAACAGCAAGGCAACAGCCCAUCAAAUUUCGGAGGAAGCCCCAGUCCAGCGCUCCAAGGAGUCCAUGCAGGAAGAGCCAAAACAGACGAAUCUAGAAAAAAGUCAUAAAUCCAAAGGCGAGACACUAUCCGCCUGCGCAGGUGCUUCAUCAUCAAAUGCUGCUCGUGUUGUGCGACGCGCAUCGCGUCCCCUCGUCAAGUACUUCCAGACCCUCGACGCGCUCCAUCUGCAGGUGACCAUGGUCGAUGAACGAAUGUCCUACCGGACACGUGUGAUACGAGGCACCAGUGUCUUCUUUCAGGCCACCCCUACAGGCGCAUCCUCCUCUUGCACCACUGAAGGGUCCACCUUCGAGUUCUUUGUAAACACAGGCAUAGUCUUCAAGGGCAUACAACAUGCCAUGAAGGGGCGCACGGUAUACAUCGAUCUUCAAAAGGCGAAUAGAGGCUUCUACCCCACGCUAUUCGUCCACGUAAAGUACUUCCAAACGAACUACGACAAGACGGUGAUCGAGGAAAAGUGGCAUCAGCGAGACAUGAAAAAAACCAACCAGUUGAUGCGUGCGCAUGGAUGGGGGGCUCAUAAAUUCACAGCAAAAGCGGAAAGCAGCGAGGAAACUGUGUCCGAGACAGAAUCGGAGGACGGGGUGGAGCGACCCGAUUAUUACAGGAGGAUUGACAUGAAUUAAGGCUAACGAGUUCACUUGGAGCGUAGAUCGUAGAGUGGGUGGAACUCAAAGAAGAGAAUGAGCCACGCAGCAAGGAGAGAGAGAAUACGGGUCUAAAAAGAAAUUUAAUUUUUUUUAUUUAUUUUAACGACACGAAUUGGAAAACUUAAAACUUUUAAACCCCUUAACAUACAUACAUAUGUAUUGCAUAAUUAACAAUA